AUGUCCUCACACCAAGUGCACCAACCCCAAGCGCUCCGUCCCGCCACUCCCACCGGCGCGCACUUGGCCCGACCGAGCUCCAAGCCCAAUUCGAGGCCCGGCACACCUUCAAGACGCGCUGGUACGCCUUCGAGGGUCGUCGUGUGAGUCCUUUCGUGGGUCGGUUAAGAUCGCUUGUAUUUUGGGGCACGUGGUGGCUUCAGGGGUUUCUGAGGCGGACGACGUGGGGGGCGGGGGGAAAAGGGAUGGCGCGGGCUGAUGACGAUGGUUCCAAGUGGGGUCCCACUUGGGCUUGGCUCUGUCGAUGUUCGGCUGACUCGGGAUAGCCUAGCCUGGUCGCUGUAGAAGCCACAACGCGACCCCAGCUUUAUUCAACUGACCUCAUUGGUUAAUUCGAAUCCACAGUAAUAUGGCCGACGAAUUUAUGAAACGUCAGUACUGCCCGCCGGUCCCUGUGGACGAGUGUGCCUCGAAGCGGUGGUCAUCCGAGCUCAUCGCGACGAUAAGAUCCGAUCGGUCAUCCGAGCAGAUCCCCCCAACAACCUCAACCUCGCCGAUCCAAGGGAACAAGAUCGAGCAUCGGAUCUCAUCGGGGCUCGCAACACCGAACCUGUGGGUCUCGAGGGUCAAAUGCGCUAUCGUGCACCCGCCGAAGGAAAGUCCUGACUAAGAGUAUCUGCUCUUCGCCCACGCCCAACUUAGGUGAACAACGAACCGCCCAGCGAGGAGGAGAUGAGACGCGUCCAAGAGAUGGCAAACAGGCUCAACAAGUCAUGA